GACGCGGGGCGGGUAGCGCCGGGCCGAGCGGAGCCAUGGGCCGGGCUGGGACCCGGAGCGGGAGCGAGGCGGUGGCCGUGGCGGUGGCGGUGGCGGGGCCACUGCUACUGCUGCUGCUGCUCGCUCGGCCCCCGCCUGCCGCCGGCGACAGCAGGAAGAGCGAGGCUGGGCUGGUGUCCGAGCACUUCUCGCAGGAGCCGCAGACUCUGUCCUUCUACAGCUGGUACGGCAGCGCCAGGCUCUUCCGCUUCCACGUGCCCCCCGACACCGUGCUGCUGCUCUGGCUGCUAAAAGUGUCCCGGGACGGUGGCCCGGCGUGCCCCGACGUGGAGAUCACUGUGCACUUCCGCUCUGGCGCGCCCCCAGUCAUCAACCCGCUGGGCGCCAGCUUCCCGGACCACACCGCGGUGCCGCCGUCCUUCCACAUCAGCGUGCCCCUGAGCGCCAUGCUGCUGGGCAACGUCUCCGUCAACGUCUCCCACCCGGCACCUGGGGACUGGUUUGUGGCUGCCCACCUGCCCCCCUCCUCCCAGAAGAUCCAGGUGAAGGAUUUUGUUCCCACCUGUAACUACGCCUUGCAGCCUGACAUGCUGGUCAUCCGGGCGCUCGAGGCCUCCAUCAUGGAGCCCGACGUGCCUCUUUUGCUGACCCUGUUCUCCCGCCCCAGCUACCUCAAGAUCUUCAUCCCAGAGCACACGCAGGAGCUGCGGCUGGAGCUGCAGGGCUGUGCGUCCAACGGGAGCCUGGGCUGCCCCGUGCGUCUCACCGUGGGCUCCGUCACCCUGCCUAGCAACUUCCAGAAGGUGCUCACCUGCACCAGCCCCCCCUGGCCCUGCCACCUGCUGCUGCCCUCGCCACCUUGGGGCCGGUGGCUGCAAGUGACAGCUGAGAGCCUGGCAGGACCCCACGAGGCGGUGGCUUUCAGUGCUGUAGCUGCCCUCACAGCCUGCAGGCCCUGGAGCAUGACCUACCCCCACCUUCUGCAAAGCAGCCAAAACGGGACCUACAACACCUCCACUGUGCAGCUGUCCCCGGGCCCCAGCCGCCGGGACCUGGGCAGGAAUGGCGGGUGGGGUGGCGGCCCCGUCUGCCUCCUGAGCUACCAGGUCAUUCGGGAGGACUUCGAUCUGCUGUCUGUGCACUUCCAGCCCCUGGACAGGGUCUCCAUGACGGCGCAUUUGGACACACCCUCCGUGAUGCGGCUCCACCUCAACACAGGCAUGGACAGCGGGGGCUCCCUCACCAUCUCCCUGAGGACCAACAAGACGGAGAUUGCGAACGGCACCUUGGUGGUGGUCUGCGUGAAUGCUGCCUCACCCUUCCUCAGCUUCAACACCUCUCACAACUGCACCACAGCCUUCUUCCAGGGCUACCGCCUGUCUCUGAGCGCCUCGUCCCACAAGGCCAACCUCAUCAUCCCCUACCCAGAGACAGACAACUGGUACCUGUCCCUGCAACUGGUGUGCCCCAAGAGUCCAGAGUACUGUGAGCAGGCCGGGGUCCAUGUGCAGGCCACCUUGUACCUCAUGCCCUGUUGGGACAGCUGUGGAUCCUACGGCCAGUGCGCCAUGCUCCGCAGACACGGCUACAUGUACGCGGGAUGCAGCUGCAAGGCAGGCUGGCGUGGCUGGAGCUGCACCGACAACAGCACGGCCCAGACGGACGCGCAGCAGCGGGCGGCCGUGCUGCUGCUCACGCUCAGCAACCUCGUGUUCCUGGCCCCCAUCGCCAUCUGCGUGCACCGCUUCCUCCUGGUGGAGGCCGCCGUCUACGCCUACACCAUGUUCUUCUCCACGUUCUACCACGCCUGCGACCAGCCUGGCAAGGCCGUGCUGUGCAUCCUCAACUACGACACGCUGCAGUACUGUGACUUCCUGGGCUCCGGAGUGUCCAUCUGGGUCACCAUCCUCUGCAUGGCGAGACUGAAGACAGUCCUCAAAUAUGUCCUGUUUCUCCUGGGCACACUGGUCAUCGCCAUGUCCUUGCAGCUGGACCGCAGGGGCGCCUGGAACAUGAUGGGGCCCUGCCUCUUCGCCUUCGUGAUCAUGGUCUCCAUGUGGGUGUACCGCUGCGGGCACCGGCGCCAGUGCUACCCCAGCUCGUGGCAGCGCUGGGCCUUCUACCUCCUGCCCGGCAUCUCCAUGGCCUCUGCGGGCGUCGGCAUCUACACUUCCCUGAUGACUGCCAACAACUACUUCUACACCCACAGCGUCUGGCACGUGCUGCUGGCGGGGAGCGCGGCGCUGCUGCUGCCGCCCCGGGAGGGACACACGGAGCCCUGGGCCUGCCCAAAGCGGCUCCCCUGCCACUAUCAGAUCUGCAGGAACGAUGGGGAAGAGCUGUACACGGUGACGUGAUGCUGGCUCGGGGCCCCUGCUCUCCGGUGACCUCUUCAGCCGGGAGCAGGGUCAAGCGGAGGAGCCCUGUCCAGCGCCUUUCGACCGAUGUCCAGCUGAAUAAAAUUGGCCUGAACACCCUCUUGCUUCCUCCUCCCCAGGAGAGGCCCAGCCCUCACCAGCACUCACAGCUCCCUGUGACGGGUCACUGCUGUCUGGUGGCUGCUGGGGCCUGGCUGCGUGGGGAGCAGGGGUGCCCUGUGCAGAGGGAGAUCUGCCCUGCUGACCUGGGAGUGGUUUCAGACGGGGAGGAGGAAUCCUCACUGCCCUGUUCCCCUGUGAGGCUGUGAUACGAGACCCACAGGGCCAAGGAGGCCUGAGCCCACCCCUGAGGCUGGCCACUGUGCCCUCCUGGCACUGCGUGCCCCGAGUGCCAGCCUGCCUUGGGUACAGGCAUCCUCUGCUGCUGCAGUCACCAUGGGGAGAGGUCAAAGUCCCCAGAGAGCUGGUGGCCAUUGCCUGUCCUUUCACUCUGGCUUUGGAGCCUCCUGGGGAGGGAGCUGCAGCUGCUGGGGACGUGGUGUACAAGGCACAGCUUUCCCUGCUGUGUCACUGCCUACCCUGGCUCUGGGACCCUUGUGUGGGGAGCAUGCUCUUGGUGCAGGGGCUGCUAACCUGGCUUUCCCGCUCUUGAAGCCUGGUGGAGGACGCUGGGGCCAGGAGCCCUGCCCCACCCCAGGCCAGCGUGGAGGGGCUGCUGUCUGCACCCGGGGUCUCCGGCCAGACCCCUGAGAAGCUGGCUGCGGAGGCCCAGGGUGGGGCCCUCCCUACCUCUGGCCCCGGGGACUUCUGCUCUGGGUCCUGUCCAGGGUGCGGCCUUCCUCCCUGGGGGCCUGCCCCACCCCCAGCCACCCUGCCCUUGACCACCAAAGCAAUUUCUAGGCUCGUAAACGGGGGAAACAUGGAUAUAUGGUGUUUUUUUGGGUAAAAUUCUAAUAUAUUUUUAUGUAGAUCUGAUAUCAAUGUGAUUGGUGAAUUCAAUAUUCUACAGUGAUUUUCAAGCUAAA